CUGUCGCUAGCAACUGUUGCUCCGUUGCCGUCGCUGUGUUCAAGUGCAGUGUUAACGCUUUUUACCGCUUAUCCUUGGCUUUUAAAUCUUUUAAAACCUUUUUUUUUCUUUUUGAAUCACAUCUCCACAUUUGGUGACGCUCGGCGCGAGACAGAGGUGGCUUGGUGGUGGCCCCAGUCGUUAGCCGUGGAAGCUAACGUAGCUAGCUAACUUUUUAGCUGUGACGCUUGUACCUCAUUAUGCCAACAUUGGACGCUGCCGACUCGCCGGGAAAGUUGGAACAAAUGCUGAACAAAGCAUACGAGAAGAUCGCUCACCUUCUCGAGGACAUCGAGCGGAUGUCAAAUGAACUCCAGAGGAAGGAUUCAGUGCUGAUCUCCCUCAAGACCCGUUUCCCGACGCUGACCAACUGGCUGGAGACCUCUCGAUUCGGUGAGUUCGCUCCGCCGAACACCACCUCCGUGCUCGGGCAAACGGUUCUUUGGGACCCGUCCUCCCCCUGUCGGCGGCCCGCCUGCUCCACUCCAAACAAGGGGACCCCCUGGACCGAAGUGGUUGUCCGCGGGCGGAAGAGGGCUCCGAGCGGGACUCACGGCGGGGCUGCUUCUCCUCCGUUACCGCUCUCCAAUAAAUACACGGCUCUGUCCGUGAGCGAAAAGUCGGCGACCCGGGACCCACACCAAGAGUCAACAUCUGUUGCUGUGGCCACAGGCACCAUGCCCCCGCUGACGGACACCACAACCUUCCCUCCACUCACGGCCAGCAGCCCUCCGGUUGGUGGGUGUCCAACAGGGAGCCGUCUGCCGGCACAGGAGCCGACCCGCUCCGCAACUCGGCGUAAGCAGCUCGUGAGGGAUGCGGUGCGCCACCACUCGUCCCACUCGUCCCGCUCUUCCCACCUGGCGAGGUAUCACACACGGGGCCCUGGUUUGGGUGGUGGGGUGGCUGAGCUGGCCUGUUCCCCUGAAGACCGAGCGGCCGCUCCGACAACCCUGGUCAUCGGGGACUCCAUUGUGAGGCAUGUCCGCAUGAGGGAGGCGUUAACUUUGUCGUUCCCCGGAGCCACCGUUUCCGACGUAACCGGGAAAAUACCAGACAUCCUGAACUCUCAUCCGCAGGCGAAAAGGAUUAUUAUCCACGCAGUCCAAAGUGACUGUUUUUAUUUCUGGCCCCACCCCCACCUGCGGCAGAGGGAUCGGCAGAUUCAGCCGUCUGCUGAGUCUCAACACCUGGCUCUCCUCUGCCUGCAACUCCCACCACGUCGGCUUCAUCAACAACUUUGAUGUUUUCUGGGAGAGACGACACCUCUUUGGACCUGACGGGCUUCAUCUUAACAGAGGAGGUGCCCGCAUGCUCUCAUCCAACCUGACUUUUGGCCUUCAACAUGGUAUCAUCCCCAAACCCACACCUGUUGCUCUGUCCCACUCUGAUU